UGACAAAGGAGGACCACCCGCAAGGAACAGUCCAGAAGGCAAGAUGAAAGUCCUGCUGGCACUCAUCUCCUCGCAACUUGGCUGAUGCAGACGGUUGUUCCCUGCAGCAUCGCCAGUACCUCAGUUUUCUAAUUCCGGCGGCGUCGUUUGCCCCGGAUGUAUUCGUCAAUGCACCAAGGCAGGUUCCUUCGGUCUGUAGCACGACCCUGCCGGUUCAUCGCGCAUCGCCGCUAUCCCGCCGCGGUUGUCUCGCAUUCGCGUCGGUUCCAUCUCUCGCGAACAUGGCUAUCAUCAACACCUUCCGAUCCCCAUAGCUCUCGAGAUUCGACCACGGAGAACCUCCCCGGUGACAUCCCUACUCACAAUGCCGAACCUACACUAGCAGGCCGUGGCACUUCCGUCGCAACACCGUCAGCCGAUCGAACGGCGAAGAAGGACUUAGGUCCCUACGGUUCGGCGAUUCGCAGAGCAUUAAGGAAUAGACGGGCGACAAAGGAGUGGACCGCUCCGGUUGCGACUGUUCCGGACUGGUUUUACGAGCGGAAUACGGUUGUCAAUGAUGGAAACAGAACCGGCAACACCGAGUUAUUACAGCAAGUGGAGAUACGGUCGUCACAAGCCGAACCUGAAAAGGAGGCAAGCGAACAGCUAGGUCAUGGCGGCAGUGGAGAAGAACCGCCUUCGUCUGAGGGUCCUGAUGCUCCGGAGAAUCGGUAUGCUUUGACUGAAGCGCUGUGGGAAGAGCUUUGCGCAUCUGCCCGGGCAGGGUUGCGACUGCCGCCAACCAAGUACGCCCAGGAACCCUCCGCACGAAAGUCACACCUUGUCCUUCAGUACCCCGGCACCGAUGGCAUCUUGUUCCUAGACGCGGUGGUCAAGAGGCUAGCUCAGGAGUUGGGCGCGGAUCUGGUCACUCUCAACGCGCAGGACAUUGCCCAGUUAUGCAGUGAACAGGACCUGGCGGACAUUGGCACCACAACCCCCAUCAGAUCGCUUGGCUACGAAGUGUACCGGCCGUCUAUCUCGGACACCUGGCAAGAAGACGGUCUGCACGAAGGGGAUGCCGAUGACGAUGCCAUUGACUCGCCGCGCAAUUUCCGGCCAGCUCUCCGGGGUCCCAAAUUCAUCACUAUUGAGACUGCCCGCGACUCUGGCGAUAUCGCACUUCCCAAUUUUCUGGGGCUGAAGUCCUUGGUGGCCUCGUUCAAUUCCCCAGUGGAGAACUCCGCUGGCUCUUCCUCGCAAAGCCCUGCUGACCGAGCGGAGGACAGGCGACUUCGGCUUGUGCGUGAGCUCCUUUCUUCAUCCAGCAAGUCAUUGAAGCAGCUGUCGCCAGCGGUAGCAGAAGAUGCAGACUCUGCUGCUCCCGAAGGUCUACAAGGUCACAGCAUUAGCCCAGAGCGCGAUGUCAUAGUUCAGAUCCAAGACUAUGGAGACAUUCAGGCCACCCGCGAGGGCGCCAAGUUCAUUUCCCUAUUACAAAAAGCUAUAGAGGAUAAGAGAAAAGCAGGCUCUAGAGUCCUAUUUAUCGGUACCUCGGCGCAAGAAGCUGCACCCGAUUCGGAUGCUGCGAAGCUCAUGCACAACGCCUUCGACGACCAAUUCUCCCAGAUGCUGGUCAUCACUCCCGCCAUGAAGUCGGAAGCGGCCGAACGCACGUUUGCGGAAGAUCGGAAAAAGCGAACACUCGACAUUAACAUCCGCCACAUUCAAGAUCUGCUUCGGACGCGGCUCGCCGAACAGCCCUCGGCGCUCCAAGACGAUGUUUUCCGCGACCGAGCCUGGCCCUUGGACUCAUCCCUCGUGAAGGAAAGCGGCCUCGAUGAGCGGUACUGGCCGUACAGCCAGGUUCACUGGGCCACCACCCUUGCCCUCGGCUCUGUGGGAACGGAUGGGGCUUUCGGUUAUGACCACAUUCGGCGAGGAAUUGAGAUGAUGCAGAAGACGGAGCGUAUUAGAAACGACUGGCUGCAGGAGAAAAUGCCUAAGGCGAAAGCCAGCGAGACCGGGAAUGAUCGGGAGCGCUUGCUGAGCUCAUUACGGAAAACCUGCAACUCCCACGAGAAGAAACUACUGACCGGAGUGGUGGAUGCGAAAAGCAUCCGGACCACUUUCGCUGAUGUCCAUGUGCCCGCUGUGACCAUCGAUGCCUUGAAGACCCUGACCUCUCUUUCUCUGAUCCGCCCCGAGGCGUUCACCUACGGUGUUCUGGCUACGGACAAGAUCCCUGGCCUAUUGCUUUACGGACCACCCGGUACUGGUAAGACCCUCCUCGCGAAGGCUGUGGCCCGUGAAAGCGGUGCUACCGUGCUGGAAGUCAGCGGGUCGGAGGUCUACGACAUGUAUGUUGGCGAGGGGGAGAAGAACGUCAAGGCCAUCUUCACACUGGCUAAGAAGCUGAGCCCCUGUGUCGUGUUCAUUGACGAGGCCGAUGCUAUCUUUUGUUCACGCACGGGUGCCAGCAGCCGGACAUCCCACCGUGAGCUCAUCAACCAAUUCCUACGGGAGUGGGACGGCAUGAACGAUAUGUCGGCCUUCAUCAUGGUUGCCACGAACCGACCGUUCGACCUUGACGACGCGGUUCUCCGGCGUCUCCCCAGGCGACUACUUGUGGACCUUCCGACUGAGCAGGAUCGCCUGGCCAUCCUAAAGAUCCACCUGAAAGAGGAGACCCUGGACAGCACGGUCGAUCUGGCGGAGCUGGCCCGUCGCACGCCUCUGUAUUCCGGCUCCGACCUUAAGAACCUGUCUGUAGCAGCCGCGUUGGCCUGCGUCCGGGAAGAGAACGACCUGGCCGCUCAGCACCAAGGCGAGGAGCCGUACCAGUAUCCCGCACGACGCACGUUGACGUGGAAGCACUUUGAGCGUGGCAUGGAGGAGAUCAGCGCAUCCAUCAGCGAGGACAUGUCGUCGCUCGCCGCGAUCCGCAAGUUCGACGAACAGUACGGCGACCGCAAGGGCCGGCGCAAGAAGAGUCCCGGCUGGGGCUUUAUCCCGGCUGGCAAGGAUGAGGCGGCAGCUGCCGUGGAUGCGGCGCGCGUCCGGACCUGAAGCGGUUGGUUGGGGUUGGAAGCAGUGGGAUUUGAACAGUUUUGGGUGUUAGCCACAUAGAUCAAGUGAAUUUAUCAUCUUCGCGUUUGUCAGGACCGGGUCGGAAUGGGCUGGAAAGGCAGGCGAAGCUGGACAGGGCUGGACGGGACGGACUUGUAUACUACUCAUUAGCGACACGAACCUGAAUGUACCAAUAUAGCAGACGAUAC